CUUCUCUCUCCAAAACCUCAACACCUCAAUUGUGUCCCAUUGAACGCACAAAAUGACGAUCUACUACUCCCUCACCUUCCUCCUACUCGCGGCCGAGAUGGUCACCUUCUGCAUCUUUGUCAUGCCAUGGCCCUAUCAAAUCCGCAAGAAGCUCUUCCACUUCCUCUCGGAAAGCAAAAUCGUCGCGAAAGUCGCCUAUGCACUCAAAAUAUCAUUCAUAUUUAUAUUCAUUUUGUUCGUGGAUGCAACGCAGAGGAUGUUCAGAGUGACGAGCGAGGUCGAACUCGCAAAGUCCGGAGCGUCGGGUAUGCAGGACGUUCGCACAGAGACGAACUUUGCUGCUCGUAAAUUCUACGCCCAACGCAAUACCUACCUCACCGGCUUCUGUCUCUUCCUCUCCCUUGUCCUCACCCGCACAUUCUACAUUAUCCAAGAACUCAUUCACACCCAGGAAGAAUAUGGCAAACUGAAGAACGCCACUUCGAGCAAGUCGCGCGGCGACCUCGCUUCCGGCGACCAGUCCAAGCAAAUCGAGGAUCUUAAACGUCAGCUUGCUGAGUCCCAAAAGUCUGGCCGUGAUUUUGAAACCUUGAAGAAGCAGUCCGCACAACAAGCCGCCGAGUACGACAGGCUUGCUGAGCAGUACAACAAGGAGACUGGCAAGACAUCGAACAAGCGUGUAGACUAAAUUCAUCGUGCACGAAACACCGUCUCGCUCUCGGAUCAUCUCGGUUGUUCAACUUCCUGAGUGAGUGGUGAUCGUUGACUUGUGAUGAAGAAUGGACGACGUCGGACCGUGGGCUGUUUCAAUGUGUUGAUGGAGACAGCAUCGCGGGGAAAGUCGUGGUUGGGCGUCUCAAUCCAUAAUAGGGAUAUCUGAUCAAUGUGCCGUAUACUUUAUGUUCAAAUUGUUGGGCUCAACCCCCGAAUCAAUGUAUUCUUGCCUCUCGU